UGUACUACAGACGCGAUCAUCUACUUAAUUAUUUUUUAUUUCUAGAUACCCCUUCACUGGUCUCUGCAUCGACGGGCUAAGCCCAGCACAAGCGUUCUUAACAAUGGAUACGUUAUUUGGCAGGAAGAAAGCACGACCUCGCCAGACCUCGGUUUCAGGUCGUGAUCUUUCCGAGCAUUCUGUUCCCUAUGACAAGAUUGCUCCUACCUCUCGGGCUCCAAUGCCUGUCGGAACCGUGUCUCAAGGUUUGCGGGGCGCACCUUCAAAUCCAACUAUCUCAGCUCCCCUCACGAACCCCACUCUUACUCACAAUGGGACUGAGAUGAAUUACAGUGCUUACCAGCGCAGCCGAGAUCGGGCCAACAGUCACAGACCUGACUCCACUUUUAGUGCAGCAGACUCCUCCACCCUUUACAACGAUUCUGUGGCUUCAUUCACUACCGGAAAGCGACCCAAGACUCCCACCCAUAAACUUCGCAGGAGUGAGGCGUCUGGUUCAUCUGGCAGACGUAGUCCGAAUGGCACUGAUUUUGGCUCAAUACCUCUCCCAUCUUCACCGGUUGUAUCUCAUUCUACUCUCCGUCCUGGGUCCACUAUUCCUUUUUCGUCCGAAGCGGAGCGCACCCCUCGCUUCUCGAGUUCCGACACUCACUCCAGCCAUCUGUCACAUUUUUUCCAUAAACCUCAUUCGAACCAGGAUGAAUUCGUUUUACCCCGGCCAGAAAGAGACGAAGAUAUCGAAGCUCUCUUUGAACACGUAUCAGUGACUCGCGACCUCCCUACGAUGAAGCCUUUUACCAUUGAACAGAAGUGGCAGUUGGUGUAUGGUGCAGAACAAUUGCGAUGGCAGGAGGAAAAGAAUCGAGAGGAACAGGCUCGGAAACAGGGUGAUUCAAGUGCAGCAAGCUCCCUUGGAGAGGGAACACCAGACUGGUAUAUUAGGAAGUUCCUCGACAACACCAUCACACCGAAACAGGCCUCAAGUGUCUGUGUAUCUUUGAAGAGUCAUGAAACGAGCUGGCUUGAACGCUUCAUUGAGCUCCAGGGCGCAUCUGUAUUGGCGCAGGCGCUAAUGCACAUAAGUCGCAAGGGUGCCAAGAGGCUCCAAUCUGACACCCCCCUCGAGAAUGAGAUUGCCAAGUGUUUGAAGAUUAUCUUCAAUAGCGCUCCCAGAGUGCGCGACGCUAUAAAAUUGAAUGGUGUCGUCACUCAAAUCGCGUCUUCUCUCAAUUCACCUCAUCUACAAACUCGCAAAGUGAUUUGCGAAGUUCUCCUCUCCAUCAUCUACUUCAGUGCAGAUCCUCUUUCAGUGGUAUUACCAGCUCUAGAAGCCCUUAGCGGCGCUAAUGGCGAAACGACUGGAUAUUACGAUUAUUGGUUCAGAUCUCUUGAGAGCGCGCUCCUGGGCAGGGGCAAGAUGGGGAGUCUGGUUGGAGCUAGCGAGGAAGUCCGCAAAGCCGGUGGACAUGACAAUUCCCUCGCAGAUUAUGCGUCAACCAACCUUUUCGUGAUUGUUCAUAUCAUAGACGCAAUCGAUGACCUGGACGUACGAUUGCACCACCGCUCGUUAAUGGACUCUGCUGGUCUCCAGCGUAUCGUUGCCCUAUGUCACGAGAUCGGUACUGAGCCCAUGGAAAUACAGCUCCAUCAGCUGCAGUCUGUACUGGAAGAGGACGAGAAGCAUCUGCGGGAACGGUACGACGAACAAAUCCUUCGGGACCUCAAUAGUGCUGAAGACAUCUGGAAUGCCCUUCGCCAUAAAACGGAGAACACAGGUGCCAAGGAGUACUUCCUCUCUAUGAUGCGACACCUGCUACUCAUCCGGGAGGAAGGUCCUGAUAUGAUGCGCCUCUAUCAGUUGUUAGACUCACUGGUCACGGACGUGGUCAUGGAUGGGAAACUUGCCACCGCAGAGAAGAGGCUUGGACACACCGUUCAACGGCUUAUCGGCCAGUUAAACGAUUCUCAGCGAUAUCAGGAUGCAGUUCAAGAGGCUGCAGAAGCUCGUUCUCAAGCUCUGCGUCUAAAGCUUGAGAAGGAGGCCAUUGAAGAGGAGAUGUCACAAGGUUCAGACGGUCUCGUCGGUAAUCUCAAGGCGCAGGUCGCUCUCCUCGAACAGAAGCUUAAUUCGCAUCGAGAAACUACGAAGCGUCUCCAAGGACAACUCGAGACACAGAGAGUCGGGUAUGAAGAGCAAAUUGCUCAACUGGAAGCUCAAAUCUUGGAACUGUUCAGAAUGCUAAGGGAGGUUGGUAAGGGUUACGAGAAGAUCCUUGACUCCACUUCUGGAACGAUGGACCGGAAGACCCUAAUAGAGACCCUGAAUAAGCAUCUCGAGCGAACCAAGACUAUCAGCAUCCUUGAGGGGCGCGGCAAGAAAAAGAAGGAUAGCAAGCAGGGGGACGGCGAAGACGACGAAACCGACGAAUCGGAUGACGAUGCCACUCCUCGGAAGUCCGAUGCCCAACGGGGCGCUAAUGGUUCAGGAGGCCGAUCCCAACUUUCUAAAGCUGCCCGGAUAUCUGGAGUUCCUAACGGCCACGAGUCGCAAUUCAUGGAUGCUGACGAGGCGGACGAACGGGAACAAAUUAACCAUCAGCUUGUAGCGAAUGCUAAAAUUUUAUCACCGGACGAUGGUGCUGUCGCUAGUCCUCGGAGUAUUAACCGCUCGCCUCUUAAUCGCUCGCCCAGGCGUACUAACCGUGCGAUACUAGGCGAUGACACACCAUCACUACGUCGUUCACAUCGCGCCAAUAAUCUUCUCGCACCCCGGCACGACCAUGCACUUGAUUACAGUGAUUACGAGUCAUCGCUACGCGAAGAGCAUGAUGCGGAGAGCGAGUUUGGUCAAUCUACACGUAGCGGAUUCACCGCCUUGACCGAUGAUACCCAACCCACUUCUGUUAGCUCGGACGGCUCAUCAGAGAAACUUCAAUCCCGGGGGCGAGUCCCGUCUGUCUCCGAGGAUAGUCCAACACCGUCUCCGCUUGCCUCCCUCGCUGAGGAAUCUGACGUUGCAGCUCCCCCUCCUCCGCCACCUCCGCCACCACCACCACCGCCACCAGUACCGCCGAAGGACGAUGAUGAAUCAGCCCCACCUCCCCCGCCGCCGCCGCCGCCUCCUCCUCCGCCACCACCCCCUGGAUAUCUCCCUCCUCUUCCAACCUUUUCCAGUGCCCCUCCACCCCCGCCUCCUCCACCACCACCCUCUUUCUUGAAGGGUGUUUCUUCUACCCCAAGUUCUGCAUCUAAUUCCGCUCGAGCAUCCAUGUUCCUUAGUGCAAACCUCAAUAUCCUUCUUUCUGCUCGCAAAGAUAUGCCAUUUACACCUAGUGCCAAGAUGAAGCAGUUGCAGUGGGACAAGCUUCCGCAACAGCAAGUUGGCAAGACACUUUGGAAAGACGAAGAGCCUGAGAAAGAGAAAGAAAUGCUCGCCAAACUGCAAUCCGAUGGAGUGUGGAUGGAAAUGGAGGAAGACUUUAAGGCCAAGCAGUUGAUGAUCAAUCUCAUGGCUCGACAGAGGCAAGCCGAAUUGAAGAGUGUUCUUGACCCACAGACGAAGAAGCGAGUUGAGAUCCUUAUUCAGCGGGUGAAGAAGAUGGAACCUGAGGAAAUUGCACGCCGCAUACAGCAAUUCGACCAGGAGAUGUGCUCUGAAAACUUCUUGAGCGAGCUCAAAGGCGUCCUUCCCACUCCGGAACAGAUUGGCAAACUCAACGUAUACCGCAAUGCCGAGCCUGAGGAACUGGCUGGAUUGCACCCUUCCGACCGGCUCAUGGUUAAACUCAUCCAGAUUGACCGUCUUGGCCCCCGCAUAGAGGGUAUGCUUUACAAGUGCAAGUUCGAGGAGCAGUGGCUACUCCUAGAUGACGGCGCCAGGAAGGUAGGCGAAGCAGGAGAUGCCUUGCUGCACGCCAAGCACUUCAAGGAAGUUCUGAACCUCAUCCUCAUGAUUGGCAACUACAUGAAUGGCACAGGGAUUAAGGGAGGCGCCUUUGGUUUCCGAGUGAGCAGUAUCAACAAGCUUGUUGACACUAAAUCCGUCAACAACACGACACUUCUCCACUUUCUCGAACGGACAAUUCAUAAACAUUUCCCAGCCAUGGAAGAGUUUUUAGACGAGCUUGCCAAACCCGCAGAAGCCUACCGAGUGAACACUCAGGAUAUUCGAAAGGAUCUUGGUGAACUUCGGGAUGGUUUGAAACGUAUUCGCCAGGAGUUGAAUGACUAUCACACCGACCUAGCACAAAAUGACGGGUUCAGCAACCAAAUGUGGACCUUUGUCGGAAAGGCGACCUCCAGGAUAGAAUAUCUUGUCGAUGAUGUAAACCACGCGGACACUACUUUCAUGGAAGUAGUCAAGUAUUAUGGCGAGGAUGAGAAGAACGUAACCUCACCGGAGUUCUUUGCGGUUUUCAAAACUUUUGUCACCUCUUAUAAGAAAUGUAAGAUGGAGAACCAAACCGCGGCUGAGGAGAAGGCUGCUGUUGAGAAGCGGAAGCAAGCUAUGGCAGAGACGAGGCAACUGCGCCAGAAUGCCAAGGAUGCUAGUGCGCGAGAGGAAGAUGACUCGGUUCUCGACGAUCUAUUGGAGAAGCUGCGCAAUGGAGACACGGUUAAGCGUCGUGCAAGAAGGGCUCGUCCACAACCAGACACUAAACCUCUCGUACAUCCACUUGACACUACCGUUGACGUCGCACGAGAUAUGCUGGCUCGUCUCAAAGCCGAUGGCUUCGGGACGGCGAUGCCCUCGUCGCCUACUGUUUCUUCUGCGCCACGACGGCGGACGCGGAGAAGGACUGACCUUGGUGGUGCCGACUCUCAAUCUGCCCUUCUGUCCCCUGCAGUAAGCUUACCAGACCUACCCAGCAGCCCAGACGUUACGGCGGACUCGAAUUUUUCGGACAUGCCAUAAUCCCUCCAUUCGCCCUCAUUAGAUGUAUCUCUAUCUGUAUUUUAUCUGCUUGCAUUAGUCUCGCUCACCACACACUCACCCUGACUGAAGGAUUGUUUGUCAAUGUUAGAUCCGAUCAAGUUGGACUUCAGACUUCCAAGUUCUGACCAUUCUCAUAACGACUUUAUACGAACUCCAUAUACGCCAUAUAUAAGAUACCCUUCGAAUAUGAUACCUUCCGCUGGACGCAUAUUUUUCUCUUCGCUUCUCCUUUCGUCUUUCGUGCGUGCAUCUCAGUCCAACAAUACAGCAUUAGAGAUAGAAGCUAUCCGCGCGCACUUUCAGGGGGCUGGUCUGGUGC